AUGACGAUCACGGAUAGCACACACCUGAACGGCGGUGAGGCCGCACCGGCGGCAAUGGCAGCGACGGAGGAUGUCGAAGUCGUCUCCAACCGGUACUUCUCCUCGGGCGAGUGGGAGCUGCACUCAGUCGACGGGGUCAAGUUCCGCAUAGACCGGCAACACCUCCACGGCUCUACACUCUACGCCGUUGCUCAACACACACGCGUGAUCCAGCUUCAAGACACGUUCGCGGACGAGAAGGCCGUGCACCUCCUGCUGGACUUCCAGAGCGCCAACCUGGCGACCGAAGCCGCCGAGGCCGACACGGGCGCAGCGAGCGUGACCCGCCCAUCGCUCCUCUCCCCCGACAGCGGAAACUCGGGCAGUUCAGGUCUCGACUCGGGUAUUGGGUCCGAGUCGACGCUGGCGUCGCGCAGCGCCUCCAUCGCCUCGGGACCGCUCACCUCUCCGCUCGCGCCGACGAGCUCUGCACCAGACCUCCUUCCGCCAGGCAAUGGGUCUGGCGGCUCGGGCUCCGACUCCAGACACGGCAGCUCGCUCUCCUCUCUGCCAUCCGCCAGCGCGAGCGUCAGUGUGAGUCCCAGCCCAAGUCCCAGUCGCGACAUCUCCCUCGCCAGUGCUGGUCUCGAUCGCCUGCUGCCCGUACUCAGGCUGGCACACCGGUACGAGUUCCCAGUACAGGGCGAGAUCCUGCUCGCGAUCACGGAGGCACUGGGCAGUUCACGGACAAGUGCGCCGGAGACGCUCGCUACGUUCGUGACUGCUUCAGAGCUGGGAAGUCCGGACCUCGCGCACGCUGCUGUCCGCGCUAUGGUGCGCGGUGACGCGAGGAGCUAUUGUCCCUUGGGCUGGGACGCGGGGACUUUCGCGGCCGUGCCGAAGGAGUACCACUGGGCUCUGCAGCGCUGCUUCGUUCCCUCAACGGAGGAUGGUGGGCUGCUGGGCAGCGUGCAGAUCGACGAGGAGCGGUUCGUGCCCGCGCUCUUCGAGUAUAGGGCUGUCACAUCUCAGCAGGGCGGGGCACAGAAUUAA